AUGUCCGAAGACGAAGAAGAUUGGGAAGAUUAUGUUGAGGGAGGUUAUCAUCCGGUCAAGGUAGGAGAGACGUAUAAUAAUGGCCGCUACAUUGUAGUACGAAAACUUGGAUGGGGUCAUUUCUCGACAGUGUGGUUGGGGAAGGAUAUAAAGCUAGACCGUCAUGUCGCACUCAAAGUGGUUAAAUCAGCUCCUCGUUACACAGAAACUGCGCUGGACGAAAUAAAACUCCUACAACGGCUCAUAACGUCUUCUGUUCCCCCCUCAAAGUCCUCUGAACAACGACCACAAGUAUCGCCAGCUCUUACCCAUCCCGGGCGCUCACAUGUGAUAAGCUUCUUAGAUCAUUUCCGUCAUAGAGGCCCAAAUGGUCUCCAUGUUUGCAUGGUUUUUGAAGUCUUGGGCGAGAAUUUACUUGGGCUGAUAAAGCGGUAUCAACAAACGGGUGUUCCGGUCGCUCUGGUGAAGCAAAUUGCGAAACAGGUGUUAUUGGGGUUGGAUUACAUGCAUAGGUGCUGUGGUGUGAUCCAUACCGACCUCAAGCCAGAGAACAUCUUAAUAUCGAUCCCAAAUGUUGAAGACGUUAUACUUUCCGAACUUUCCGCUUCCUCCUCUCAGCCGUCAUUGAUAGGUGUGCCCCCCUCGGCUGGACGUGGUGGUAACCAGACACCACGAUCGGAGUCGAUCGCAAUAUCCCAUUCACAACCAUUACCAUCUCCGUCUUCGAGUUUGGGUUCGUCCAAUUCUGGUUUUGGAGGAAGAAUAAAUUCCAGUGCAAGUCUGGAUAAGAUGGCAUUCACGAUGAGUAAGAUCGACGAUUUGAACUUGAAGGAGGGAUCAAACUCGAAUGCCGGAAGCGGGAAGGGCAAGGGCAAGGGUGUACAAGUUGGUGGGAAAGAUGACAAGGGUACAUCUCCAGGACCAGAAAACCCCCCUCCCCUGAAGAAACCGAACAUGAAACCUCCGAAUGGUCCUUCGUUACUUUCUCAACAAGCGCCGAUGCACAGGAAGGAUGAAUAUCCUCCUCAGGCCAAUCCGCUGUCGUUCGACGAGGAAAAGAUUACAGUCAAGAUUGCUGACUUGGGGAAUGCAACCUGGACAGAACACCACUUCACGGAUGACAUACAGACACGUCAAUAUCGGUCCCCCGAGGUUAUAUUGGGAAGUAACUGGGGACCUACCGCAGACAUAUGGAGUUUGGCUUGCUUGCUGUUCGAACUCAUUACGGGUGGUGACUACCUCUUCGACCCUGCCUCUAGUUCCAGAUAUUCCAAAGACGAAGACCAUAUUGCUCAGAUCAUGGAGUUAUUAGGGCCGAUACCUCCAACCGUGUCGAUGGCAGGGAAAUACAGUGGAAAUUUCUUCAAUCGCAGAGGUGAACUUCGACACAUCAAGAAGAUGCGAUACUGGCCUCUUGACAGCGUCCUGAACGAGAAAUAUCUUUUCCCUCAGGCUCAAGCUGACCCAUUGACCAACUUCCUUCAUCCGAUGUUAAAGCUUGAUCCUGAAACACGGGCUAGUGCUAUGGAGUGCCUUUCAAUCGGAAAUGCGGCUGGGGGCUGGCUUGAAGGUGCAGGGACCGUGAUGGGCCAGGAGGAUGUUGUCAAGAGAUUCAGGUUGGGGAAACAACGACAAGAGGCUCAGGCGCAACCGAAGCCAUCGAAAGAAUCGGAAUCUCCGUCCUCCGGUUUACCUUCUUUGAUUACGCCCUCAAGUGCUGACGGACAAGGUAAAUCAGGUGGACCGAUUGGUUAUAUACUCGGUGGAGUAGGUGGAGCCGCCGUGCUAGGAACGGUUGGUUUUGCGGCAGGAGGGCUUAUACCUGCGUUAUUUGGCGGAUUCCUGGGCGGCUUGGAGGCGAGUUUGGCGUCAGGUGGGAUGAAGGUGAACACUGGUGAUGGUGGUGGGGCCGGCGGUGAGACUAGUGCAGGGCAAGGACAGGGACAAGCGGGGCCGAGCAUAACGGUCGAGGCAUUGUCUGAUGCAGCGAAAGAGAUGGAGGACGGUUGGGGCGAUGCGAUGAAGGAUGUUGACGAGCAUGAAGUACCCGUGGGGUCGCCUCCAAACGCGAAGACUUAG